AUGUCUUGGCGACAAAUCCUAAUUGGAUUUCUUAUAUUUGCCACUCUUGUGAUACCUAUUGUCCAAUUAUCAUUUGGUUUUCAUUAUAUAAAACAAAAUAAUGUUUGUCCAAUAGAAAGUGAUAUUAUGUUAUUGAUGGCUAUUGGUGGCGUAUUUGAAGUGCUUUUUUUUGCUGCAAGUUUUGGCUUUGUCUGCGCAGUUACACCGUCAAAAUAUAAAAAACAAAAAUCAAAAUCUACAGCAGCAGAUAAUACUAAAGGAAGUAAUCGUGCAUCAUUAAUUAUCGUUGGUUUUAUAACGGCUAUACUUGGAGCAUGUGCUAUUAUCUUUUUUGUUCUUAUACAAAUUCGAGUAUAUGCAAAUUUUAAUGAAGCUCAAUGGACAGUUUCUGAUUCACCAAAAUAUUGUCUAUUUACAGUUUUUUCUAGUGCUUUUGAACCAAUACGGUUUCAACCAUCUCCACGUAUUGUUCCAUCAGACAAUCUUCAAUUAACUGAGCAACAAAUUAAAGGUCGUCAACAACUGGCUCAUGUGAAUGUUGUUGUUACACAAGCUGGAAGAAACGUUUGGGAUUUUGAAUAUCCAUGGUCAAAUAAACUUUGUUCAUGUUCUACAGAUAUGACCCAAUGUUGUUUUGCUUUCUGUUGUUUAUGUUGUUUCGAAUGUAGAUUAUUUAAACGUGCCGGUGAAAAUAUGUGGACCAGUCUAGCUCCUGGUGCAAGAUAUGCACUUCGAUCAAAGAUUCGUACUGCAUUUCGUAUUGAGGGUGAUUUAUGCGAAGAUUGUUGUGUUUCAACAUGUUGUCCAUGCUGUUCAGUCAUUCAAAUUGAACGCGAACUUCAUUAUCAAGGUCUUUAA